ACAAAAUGCACAUCACCAUUAUCACAAGCAACAUUUUCUGACAACAUUAAUAUAUUGAAUUUAUUGGGGGAUUUUGCAAAUGAUUCCCAGGAUGAAAUUAUGUUUGCAAAAGAUGAAGAAAAUGCUGGGUACUUUAAAAUUGAUGAGGAAUUACCACCUUAUAUUAAUAUUGAUAUUAAUGGACUUGAAUACUAUGAAACGAAUGAAGAAUUAGAUGUAGAAGAUAUUACAGAAAACCAUUCAUCCCCAGAUUUUAAUAAUUGGGCUUUGAAAUCUGGUAUUUCAGUAAAACAAAUGAUAAAAGAUGCUACAAAUUUGGGAGGCCAUAAAUUAAGGCAACUAGAAAUUCAGAAAACUUGUGAAUCAAAACAUGAUAAAAUUGAAAUUUCACCAGAAUUAAAAGAUAUUUUUAAAUUGACUGGUUUAUUAGAAACUAUUAAAGUAGUAAAAGAACUUCACAAUGAAAAUGUAAAUAACAUGUUUAAUAGUCCAAAACCUCGCAAUAAUCUGUUAACUUACUCCAUCAUACCAUCUAAAGAAAGUCACUGUGCAGGAAUAAAAUCAAUCUGUGUAAAUAGUGCAGAAAGUACACCUUAA